AUGAGAGUGGCAGCAGCGGAUGUGAAGGACAGAAAGGAGGAGAAACUGAAAGAGAGGGAGAAGGAGCGAGAGAAAGAGAGAGAGAAAGAGAGGGAGGAGAAGAAGCCAAAGGAGGAGCUUCCCCCCAGGCCCCGCCCCCUCCACAGGACCUGCUCCCUGUUCAUGAGGAGCAUCGCCCCCAGCAUCUCUAAAGCAGAGAUCAUCGCCCUGUGCCGCCGUUACCCUGGGUUCCUGCGGGUGGCGCUGUCUGACCCCCAGCCUGAGCGCAGGUUCUUCAGACGUUGCUGGGUGACCUUCGAUCGCAGUGUGAACAUCAAGGAGAUCUGCUGGAACCUGCAGAACAUUCGACUGCGUGACUGUGAGCUGGCCCCCGGGGUGAACCGGGACCUUGCGCGGCGGGUGCGGAAUGUGAACGGCAUCACGCAGCACAAGCAGGUCCUGCGCAACGACAUCAAGCUGGCGGCCAAACUCAUCCACACCAUGGACGAGCGGGAGAGGCUGUGGAGCCCCCGGCCACGCGGGGAGGCGGGCAGCCUGGAGCUUCCAGCACAGAACCCCAUCCUGAAGAACAUCACUGAUUACCUCAUUGAGGAGGUGAGUGCAGAGGAGGAGGAGCUUAUGGGAGGCACUGGGGGGGCGGAGCCAGAGGAGAACAACAAGGAGGGAAACCCAGCGGAGAUCACAGUGGAGAGAGACGACAAACUGGUUAAGGUGCUGGACCGGCUGCUUCUGUACCUGCGCAUCGUCCACUCCAUCGAUUACUACAACACCUGCGAAUACCCCAGUGAGGACGAGAUGCCCAACCGCUGCGGGAUCAUCCAUGUGCGAGGGCCCAUCCCACCCAACCGCAUCACUCACGGAGAGGUGGCGGAGUGGCAGAAGACGUUUGAGGAGAAGAUGACUCCCCUCUUCAGUGUGAAGGAGUGCCUGUCAGAGGAGGAGGCAGGGAAGAUGGGCCGUAAGGACCCUGAGCAGGAAGUGGAGAAAUUUGUGUUGGCCAACACCCAGGAGCUCAGCAAGGACAAGUGGCUCUGUCCCCUCAGUGGGAAGAAGUUCAAGGGCCCUGAGUUUGUGCGCAAACACAUCCUGAAUAAGCACGGGGAUAAGAUCGAGGAGGUGAGGAAGGAGGUCGUCUUCUUCAACAGCUUCCUGAUGGACGCCAAGAGGCCCGCCCUCCCCGAAAUCAAGCCCCCGCCCCCCCCAGGCCCCGGACAGGGAGUACUGGCCCCAGGGUUGCCCUUCCCUCCACAGCCGCCCCAGGGUCUGCUGGGAUUCGCACAGCCCCGCCCACCCGUGCUGGGGUACGGAGGUGGCCCUCCUUACCCUCCUAACCAAUAUGGAGGUGGUAGGGGUAACUAUGACAACUUCCGUGGUCAGGGAGGCUAUCCUGGGAAGCCACGGAACCGAAUCAUCCGCGGAGAUCCUCGCAACAUCAUCGAGUACCGCGACCUGGACGCCCCCGAAGACGUGGACUUCUUUUAAAACGCACUUUCACCCUUUCCAUUUUAAUUCCCUUUUUUAUUUUACAUUCUUAAGUUCCAUUAUUAUUAUUAUUACUACUAUUAUUAUUAUUAUUAUUAUUAUUAUUAUUAUUGUCAACUGUUAAGCUCUUCCCACUGCCUGCCCCAUGCUGGGAUUUGUAGUUUUUCAGAGGGGUUAGGGAUGGUUUGAAUCCUCUUCAGGGCGCUCUACAGUAUUAUCAGCUUACGCUCAUACUGACACUCAGACUCUGUGUUGCUGUUUCUUUAUUUUAUUUACUACCUGCAAUAUAAAUAAAGAUCUGGACCACACAA